CAUCGCAUCAUCAUUUUGGAGUUUCAGAAAGCCGCUGAUCGUGACAGGAAGUGACAGCUCAUUUCUCUCCCAGGCCUGCAGUACUUGUAUCUCAAGCGUAACUUCUUCUCUCAUUAUAUUUCUCUCAUGUCGUCUUCCCAGCUCCUCAAUUCGCUCCCGUCCGUGCUAGACUCCCAAUGGUCACAAGCUAACGAAGCCCUCAUAUUGGAACCAUUUACUUAUAUUACCUCCAACGCUGGCAAGGAAAUCCGCACACUGCUCCUCGAAGCUUUCAACUCCUGGCUUGCAGUUCCGAGCGACCAGCUCAAAGUAAUCGAACAUGUAAUUCAAAUGCUGCACAAUGCAAGCUUGAUGAUCGAUGACAUAGAGGACGACUCGCAGCUGCGAAGGGGGCAGCCUGUGACCCACAAGAUAUACGGCAUCCCCCAAACCAUUAACACCGCUAACUAUGUAUAUUUCUCGGCAUAUAAGGAGCUCUCCAAGCUUCGGCACCUUGGCGUAAACGGGGAGGAGGCGAGUGUCGUGGGCGUUAGGGAAUUGGAUUUGAUAGUUACGGACGAGCUUUUAAAUUUGCAUCGAGGGCAGGGAUUAGAAAUCUUUUGGCGCGAUUCGUUGCGAUGUCCGACGGAGGAAGACUACAUUUCUAUGGUAAACAGCAAGACGGGUGGUCUCUUUAGGAUGGCUAUCAAGUUGAUGAUGGCGCUCGCAACGAAGAACCUUCAUACCGAUUUCGUACCUCUGGUGAAUAUAUUUGGAGUGUAUUUCCAGAUACGGGAUGACUACAUGAAUUUGCAAAGCACAGAGUACAGCGACAAUAAGGGUUUCGCAGAAGACCUCACAGAGGGAAAAUUCUCCUUCCCAAUCGUCCACGGAAUACGUGCGGAAGAAGACAAUCGAUUACUGAUGAGCGUGCUACAAAAACGUCCUACUACACCGACUCUAAAGCAUCAUGCCAUCGACCAUCUCCGCACAAAGACGAAGUCGUUUGACUACACGCUCGCGGUGAUGAGCAGCUUGGAGCGACAGAUCCGGCAGGAAAUCGCACGCCUUGGCGGGAAUCCCCAGCUUGAGAAGAUAUUGGAUGCCCUACAUGUAGCGCAUGAUUUUGGUGGGUGUGCAGAUGAAGGGUUUGCAGCGUAAGUCAAGAGUGAAACUUGAAUCGUGACCACGUCGACGAGGUGGAGUUUCGACGUAGCCACUUUGUACAUGAUUGCGCGUUGAAUCGUUUUGCUGUUAGCAUCUGUCUUCGUUUCCGAUGCUUAACUCACCAUCUAUAUGGGGGUACCAACGAACAAAUAGGAACAGGCUUUCAGUCC